UCCAAACGGCUUUUUAUAAGCUUCCUGUCCAGCUGCUCGGCCAGUGGAAAAGAUCAAGGUGGAAUGGGCUCCCUCUUCGAGGCGGCGGCAGGCGGAGCGACUCCGCCGAAGCGGAUCCCUCACCUCCGCCCAUCCGCGCCUGCUACAUCCUCCCUCCACCGCCUCACCCGAUUUCUUCUCUCCGACAAGGUCGGGUACCUCCACUGGGUCUUCACCGUCGCCGCUUUUCUCUUCGUCGUCGCGCUUUUCCAGGCCUUCCUCCCCGGAUCUCCGGACGAGGGUCCCGAUGGGGGCACGGGCUCGCCCCAUCUGGGCGAGAUCGGGAGGCUGGAGUUCGGGGAUGGUAUCCGGUUCGUUCCCUCCAAGCUGCUGGAGAGGUGGGAGAGGGAGAGACGGGAGGCGAAUUUGUCAGCGAUCGAAGGUUUUGCUGGAAGGUCGCGACGGACCUACGGGCUGAGAAAGCCGCUGCUUGCCUUGGUGGUUCCGAAUCUCUUUCCCGACGCCAUGCAGCUGCAGACGAUCAGCAUUGCUGUCGUCCUUAAGGAGAUCGGCUACGAUAUCCAGAUUUUCUCAUUUGAAGAUGGUCCUGUUGAGUCUGUUUGGAGUACUAUUGGGCUAUCGGUUAGAAUCCUGCCUACUACAACGAUUCAGGAAACCACUGUAGAUUGGUUAAACUAUGAUGGCAUUCUUGUGAAUUCUAUGAUUUCAAAACCGGUGAUUUCAUGUCUUUUGCAGGAGCCUUUUAGGAACGUACCUGUCAUCUGGACCAUCAAUGAAAAAUUCCUGGCAUUUCAUCUACGUAAAUAUGGUGAGAAUGGUCAAGUUAAGGUUUGGAAUGAGUGGAAACAAAUUUUCAGCAGAGCUUCUGUUAUAGUGUUCUCAACACACAUAAUGCCGAUGAUGUACUCAUCACUAGAUGCUGGUAACUUUAUGGUUAUUCCUGGUUGUCCUACUGAAGCAUGGGAAGCAGAUAAUUUAGUCACAUGGAAAGAACAUAAUGAACCAAAAAUUGGCUAUACACAAGAGGACUUUGUUAUUGCUAUUGUUGGCGGAGAAUUUUCAUAUAGUGGCCUGUUGCUAGAGCAUGCUCUAAUUUUGGAAGCAAUAAAACCACUACUCCAACAGUUUAAGCAUGUGAAUUCUUCUUUGAGAAUUUGCAUUCUGAAUGCUAAUCUAACAACUGUGCAUAGGAAUAUUUUGGAGGCAAUUGCUAGGAAUGGUGGUUUUUCAAGCAUCAUUAUGGAGAAUAUUGUUGCUGAUGGAAACAUGAACGACUUCAUCAAUGCUGCAGAUAUUGUGCUAUAUGGGUCUUUUCUUGAGGAACAAUCCAUCCCUACUGUUCUUAUACGAGCUAUGUCUCUGGGAAAACUGGUUGUUGCUCCUGACUUGAGCAUGAUUAGCAAAUAUGUUGACAAUGGGGUAAAUGCAUAUCUUUUCCCCAAAGAUAAAGUUGGCAUGGUGAGUAAGAUACUACUUGAAGUGGUUUCAAAUGGAAAAUUGUCUCCAUUGGCACAACAAGUUGCAUCACUAGGAAAGGAACGUGCCAGAAAUCUAAUGGCAUCUGAAACUAUUCUAGGGUAUGUUUCAUUGUUGGAAAAGGUUCUCAAUUAUCCAUCAGAAAUUGCAAUUCCUAAACCUGUUGACGAGAUUCCUAUAAGACUACAAAAAGAAUGGCAAUGGGAUCUUUUUGUGAAUGUAAGAACCAUCAGCAAUCUCAAUCUAAGCAUUAGAAGUUACCAAAUGUUGGAAGGGCUUGAGGAGCCACUGAAUCAUGGCAGUUUUGGUAAUACUUCUGCAGAUGCUGACAAAAUAUUUUCCUCUAUAGUGUGGGAGGAUGAGAAAGAAAUCGAAAUGGUGAUUGCCAAAAUACGGAUUCAAGAAGAAGAGUUGAAAGAUAGGACUGAUCAACCUCAUGGAACAUGGGAUGAAGUUUACAGGAGCGUUAAAAGAGCUGAUAGGGCUAGAAAUGAAUUGCAUGAGCGAGAUGACAGGGAGCUUGAGCGAACAGGUCAACCCCUGUGCAUAUAUGAACCUUAUUUUGGUCAAGGGGCUUGGCCUUUUCUUCGUCGUACCUCACUUUACCGUGGAAUUGGCUUACAGUCCUCGAAAGGCCGAAGACCUGGAGCUGAUGACAUAGAUGCUUCCUCACGUCUUCCACUUCUUAGUGAUUCAUACUACAGAGAUGUGCUUGGUGAAUAUGGAGCAUUCUUUGCUUUAGGUUACCACAUUGAUCGUGUACAUAAGAAUGCUUGGAUUGGUUUCCAGUCGUGGAGAGCUUCAGCUAAAAAGCUUAGUUUAUCUAAAGAAGCAGAAACAAAACUCUUGAAGGCCAUUCAAACACAAAGGCAUGGAGAUGCUUUCUACUUUUGGGUUGGGAUGGACAAAGAUCCAAGAAAUAGCCAACAAAUGGCUUUUUGGGAUUUUUGUGAUGCAAUAAAUGCUGGAAAUUGCAGGUUUGCUGUUGCUGAGAUUCUUCGGAAGAUGUAUGGUAUACAAGCUGAUUGGAAUUCAUUACCUCAAAUGCCAAAUGAUGGGGAUUCAUGGUCUGUUACAAAUAGCUGGGUUUUGCCUACAAGGUCCUUCCUGGAGUUCGUAAUGUUUUCCAGAAUGUUUGUUGAUGUAAUGGAUAGGAUGAUUUAUGAUGAACACCGCACUAGUGGGCAUUGUUUUUUGAGCAUAUCCAAGGACGGACAUUGCUAUUCUCGCCUUCUGGAGUUGCUUGUGAAUGUGUGGGCAUAUCAUAGCGCUCGGCGGAUGGUGUAUGUAAACCCGGAGUCUGGUGCUAUGGAGGAACAGCACAGGCUGAAGAACAGGAGAGGCCAGAUGUGGAUCAAGUGGUUCUCCUAUGCCACUCUAAAAUCCAUGGAUGAGGAUCUCGCAGAGGAAGCCGAUUCUGACCGUCCUUCCCGGAGAUGGCUGUGGCCUUCGACUGGUGAGGUAGUUUGGCAGGGUGUAUACGAGCGCGAGCGGAACAUGAGGCACAAGCAGAAAGAGCGGCGAAAACAACAGAGCAGAGAUAAGAUUCAAAGAAUAAAGAAGAGGGCGAGGCAAAAGACACUCGGUAAGUACAUCAAACCAUCUCCGGAUGACGUCGUCGAUUCCAACACUACUGAAGUCCGGUGACCAUUGUCAUGCGAAGAAACCAUUUUGGCUAUUAUUAUUUUGCCAAAUUUUUUUCUGUUCAUUGUGGGUUCUGUUUCUUUCUUUUUUUUCUUUUUGUUUCUUUUUUUGGCUUUGGGAUCUUAGCGAGUUAGCCUAUCAACUGUUGGCCUGUUUAUUAGACAAUUAAUGGUCUCUACUUAACCAAGUGUUAUUACUAUUUGUAAUAAAUAAAUAAGUAAUUAAAUUUUUUCAGUGAAA